CAAAUCUUGUAUCAGCUGAUUCAUAACUAAGAGUCUCAUCAUUACUUGAAUAACUUACUUUCAUCAAAUAUAUCAACAAGUGUUAAUUUCUUCAAAAGAGGCAUGUUGAAAGAACGAAUUAAUAUUAUCACAUUAUAAAGAGCUAAAUGACGCAAUACAAUAGUUUGAAGUCGAGUUCCAUCAGUCAUUUGACGAAUAUCACUUUCACAAAAUUGAAUCUGUAGUUGUGGCGCAUCCAGAUAGGAUUUUCUUCGCAAUUGUUCUUGUUCAAUAGUUAUAUACAAAUGUUCGAGAAAUGGUAUGGCACUGUUUUGAAGAAUAAAAAUCAUUUCAAAUGAAAAUUGAAUAGUUAAAGUCAAUUGAACAGUACGUGACCAAUGUAAAUUUUUUAGUUCGGAUAAAUUAGAGUAUACUACUUCGGUAUCACAAUACCCAUCUAAACAGAUUUAUUUAGAGUCAUUAAACUCAUCAAGAUAUUCAGAUGUAUGAACAAAGACCACAAAAUACCUUUUUCUAUUUCGAAUAUCAUCGUAUGAAAAGAUAUUUUUGCUUGAAUCACAAAGUUGAGAAACAUCAUGUAUGUACGAUCGGAACAUUGAAAUAUUAGAUGGAGAUAUUGUAAUGAGUUACCAAGUGACAGAGGUAUAAGUAGAGAAUCAACAAGACCAUAUAUGUAAUAGCCUGCAUUUAGUACAAUCAAUUGUUCAAGUUUUGGUAUUAUAGACAUUGGUGGUAGGUUUUUUGUCCAAUAUUUAUAAAAAGCCGAAGAAGAACAUGAAUUGCUGAGAAUGAUUGUGCAUAAUUGAAGAAGAUAACUAUGCAUAAGGAAAAUCUGAUUCAUUUCAGAAUAUGAUAUUAAUUUUGUGUUGAGUAAAAACGAUUGAGAAUCAAUGAUUUGUUGAAUACGUUUAUUAUUAAUACGAAAAAAGGCUUUGAAUAAAUCGAAAGAUGAUAAAUAGCUGAGGAUAUGUAACCAUAAUUCAGUUGGUAAUGAUUCUAAUUUAGAAAUAUCCAUCUCAAUAUCGCGUAUGCACACAAUGACAAUCAUCUUCAUGUUUGAUCAAUUUCUCUCAACAAUGCCCUGAUUGUUCUUCUAUUCGUCAAAACAAAAUAUGAUCACCACGGACGAAGUAUUUCAAAAAAAGUAUAUUCUUUUGUUUUUUGUCUUAACCAUUAACAGUGUGAUAUUAGAUGACAAAAUAUAUCAUAGAAAUAAAAAUCUGUCAUAUGCUGUAUUUCUUUGCAUUUAAUAUCAAUAGAAUCAAUAUCAAAUUAAACUGAAAAACCAUAUAUAAUUGAAGAUACUGUAGUAAAUGUCUAACCUUAUCCUUUCACAUGCUUCUAUACAAUUUUCGCUUUGGAAAGAAGAUUUUGAUAACUUUUCAGUUUUGUUUGAGAAAAAAUGAAAUACUACAGUAAAUAAAAACUUUUUAUUAAAAAAAAAAAUCAUAAAACAUUCUCAAAAAAUUCAUAAAAUGCGGCGUUGUUCAAUUCACUAUAACGAUAAGAACUGAACUUUUUGUUUUUAAUUUGGAUGGGUGUCGGAUGUAGGUUUGGUAACUCUUCAUGUUUACCCACACCCACACCCACACCCUAUCUAUAUCACUAUGAAAUCUAGACUUUUUUGUUGUUAAUAGAUGCAAGAGAUAAUCCAUCAUGUUUAAAAUAUUCUCAACAAGGUUUACGCGCAUCAUUUCAAUGUCAAGAAUGUGUAGGUAUAAUAGAAAAAUAUCGAACAAGUUCAGAUCCCAAUGAUUAUAAUGAAACAUUUGCACAAGAAGCACAACGUCUUUUAUCAAUAUUAAAUGGACGUAUACAAACAUUUCUUAAAGAAAUGAUAAAAAAUAUAUAA